AUGCCAGGAGUUUCGCCCGAUAAGGCUCCUGACCUUCAAUUUCAUCUGCGUGAACAAUAUGGCCUCUUCUGGCGCCGAAAAGUCCGCCUGCUCCUAGUCAUCGGCGAACCCGCCGAAAUCGCAGCCAUCGCCCCAGCCCUGGCCGAUCAGAAGUGGCUGGAAGGCCAAGGCACCGUCCUGCUAUGGGGCGGCAGCGCCCAGGCCAAACUAAAUCAAUCAUUCCCAAACCAAUGGAGCGGGCUGAGCCGCUGGCGCGCACUGGACGGUGUGGUCUGGGCACUGAAUAAAACCCAAACCGCCGACGACCCUGCAAUGAGCGCAGGUGUACGCGAGGUGCAGCGCCUCGCCAGUGGCCUGAAGUGGCAACUGCCGUUAUACCUCUGGCAGGUCUGCGAAAGUGAGUGGCCUCAAGACACGCGCACAGCCCGCCCAGUGGGCUGCCUGCUGCCCGAGCGCUUCACGGCGGCAGCUUUGGAAACUUCUCUGUCGCGCCUGCUGGAGCCUUUGCGUCGCGAGGGGCUGGCGCAGAUCAGUACCGUGAUGAAGCAUGACUUCCUGCUGCGCCUGUCCAGGGAUUUACAGGGCGAGGGCAUCGCCCGCUGGCGUCAUGCGCUGGCGCCUUUCGGCGAUACGUUUGCCCAUGAUGUGCCCCUGCGGGGCCUGUGGUUCAGCCUGCCGGUACAGCGCACGCCGCAUGAUAGAGAACAUGAUUGGUCAGUUGCCCCGGUGUGGCAUGGGGUAACCAACGAUAACGCCAGCGGCCGCCGGCUGGGCUGGAGCGCGCCGCGCGUCGGGUAUGCGCUGGUGUUGGGGUUGGCGCUGCUAUGGGGCGCCGGGUUGCUGCUGUCCUUCGCCAGCAACCGCGUACUCAUCGCCCAGGUACAAACGUCAUUGGCGGCGUUGCAGCAGUCGGGAAGCCCUGACGAGCAACUCAGCGCGCUCAACGAUCUGGUGCGCGAACUGGGGCGCCUCGACUACCGCGCCAAACACGGCACGCCUUGGUAUCAGCGCUUUGGUCUGAACCAGAAUCAAGACCUGCUCGCGGUGUUGUGGCCGCGUUACGUCGAAGCCAACAACCGCUUGAUCCGUGACCCGGCGGCCGCCCAUUUGCACCGCCAGCUCAACGCGUUGAUCAGUCUGCCCCCGGGCAGCGAACAACGGGCUGAACGUGCCCGGGAGGCCUACGAGCAGUUGAAGGCGUACCUGAUGAUGGCGCGCCCGGCAAAAGCCGACGCCACCUUCCUGGCCCAAGCCCUUGGAAAUGCCGAGCCGCUGCGCGAGGGUGUGUCGUCCGGCCUGUGGCAGGGCCUGGCGCCUAAUCUGUGGCGGUUCUAUGGCGAACACCUGUCGGCGCAUCCGGCCUGGGCGAUCCAGGCCGACCCGAAGCUGGUGGCUCAGGCCCGACGGGUCCUGCUCAGCCAACUGGGCCAGCGCAACGCCGAAACCCAUCUGUACCAGCAGGUCCUCGAUGCAGCAGCCAAUCAAUACCCUGAGCUGCACCUGCAAACCAUGACCGGCGAAACCGAUGCCACGGCGCUGUUCCAUACCGUGGCCAGUGUGCCGGGCGUGUUCACCCGCCAGGCCUGGGAAGGGCAGGUACGCCAGGCCAUCGACACUAUCGCCGAAGCACGCCGUGAAGAAAUCGACUGGGUGCUCAGCGACAACCAGACCGAAAUCGCCACCGAGCUGACCCCGGAUGUGCUCAGGGAACGCCUCGCCGAGCGUUACUUUCAGGAUUACGCCAGUGCCUGGCUGGACUUUCUCAACAGCCUGCGCUGGAACCAGGCCAGCAGUCUGAGUGAUGUGAUCGACCAGCUGACACUGAUGACCGACGUGCGCCAAUCGCCCUUGAUCGCGUUGAUGAAUACCCUGGCCUAUCAAGGGCAGGCUGGCACGCGCAGCCAGGCCUUGGCCGACUCGCUGGUGCGCUCCGCACAAAAGCUGAUCACGCAAGACGAAGUGCCAAUGAUUGACCAACUGGCACAAGCACCGCGUGGUCCGCUGGAUGCCACCUUCGGUCCAUUAUUGACCCUGCUCGGCAAAGACCCGCAGGGCCAGGCCGACAAUGAUCGGUUGAGCCUGCAAGCGUUCCUGACCCGCGUCACACGGCUGCGCCUGAAACUGCAGCAAGUGAGCAACGCUCCCGAUCCGCAGGAAAUGACCCAGGCGCUGGCGCAAACCGUGUUUCAGGGCAAAAGCGUGGACCUGACGCAAACCCAGUCCUAUGGCAGCCUGGUCGCGGCGAGCCUGGGAGCCGAAUGGAAUGGGAUCGGUCACACCCUGUUUGUGCAGCCGCUGGACGAAGCCUGGCAGCGAGUAUUGCAACCCUCGGCCGCAGGUCUCAACAGCCAGUGGCAGCGUGCGAUCGUGCGUGAUUGGCAGAGUGCCUUCGCCGGGCGCUACCCGUUUGCAGAAACCGCCAGUGAUGCUUCCCUGCCGAUGCUGGGGCAGAUGAUCCGCGCCGACUCCGGACGCAUUGAGCAGUUUUUGCGCAGCCAACUGAGCGGCGUGCUGCGCAAGGAAGGCAGCCGCUGGGUCGCCGACCCGCGCCAUAGUCAGGGGUUACGGAUCAAUCCGCAGUUCCUGGCGGCGAUCAAUCAGCUCAGCCACCUGGCCGACGUGAUCUACACCGACGGCGGCAUGGGGUUGAGCUUCGAACUCCAGGGCAAGGCCGCCCGGGACAUCGUGCAAACUACCUUCAUCCUCAACGGCGAACGGCACCACUACUUCAACCAGAAAGAAAGCUGGCAGCGUUUCAAUUGGCCUGGUCGCAGCGACUACCCAGGGGCGAGCCUGAGCUGGACCAGCAUCCACACCGGCGAGCGCUUGUUCGGUGAUUAUCAGGGCACCUGGGGCUUGAUCCGCCUGUUGGAGAAAGCCCGAAUCACCACCCUGGACGACGGUGACAGCCGUUACCGCAUGGUCCUGAAAGCGCCUGACGGCCUGAACCUGACCUGGAACCUGCGCACCGAACUGGGGGCAGGGCCGUUGGCGUUGCUCAAGCUGCGUAACUUCACAUUGCCGCCGCAGAUAUUUCUCAACGAGGGCGCCGUUGCAGAGCCCUAUGCACAGAACGGAGGCUUUGAA